CAAACCACCGCCCGCCGCCGCCGUAAAAAACCCGAUAAUCAAAUGUCCUCGUCCGACAUGAUCCUCGCCAAAUUCACCGGCGGAGACGACGCCUCCGACCUCGCUCCGCCGCCGCCCUCCGCCGCCGCCGUGGAAAUUCCGGCCACCGGGGGCGGCGCCGUCGCCCGGAUCGCGCCGAGAGACCGGCACACCAAGGUCAACGGCCGCGGCCGCCGCGUCAGGAUUCCGGCGCUCAGCGCGGCGCGGAUCUUCCAGCUGACGCGGGAGCUCGGGCUCCGCUCCGACGGUGAGACGAUCGAGUGGCUCCUCCGCCAAGCCGAGCCGUCGAUCGUCGCCGCCACCGGCUCCGGCAUCGUUCCGGCGGAGUCCGUCAUCUCGAGCCCGUCCCGCGCGUCGAAGCUCGCCGCCACCGUCCAGGCGCCGUUGCAGUCGGCGCCCACCGGCGCCGGUGCCGGCGCGGCGGCGCAGCCGGCGGCGGAGGAGGAGGAGAUGCUGCUGGAGUUCCCGAUGAUGGACGACUACCGAGAUAUACCGUUCAUGGCGCUGCUGAUGCAGCCGGCGGAGGACGGCGGCGACGGUUACGGCGGUGUUGGCGGAGAUAAUCAGUAGAUUUUGUGCAUCAAUUUUCAUUUUAUUUUAAUAAAAUAUUUUGAGUGUCCUUUUUUUUUCAGUUUUGACCAUUGGAAAAUGGGGAGAAAUGUGAAAUUAUUUAUAAUGAAUACAAACUUACA